GAUUCUGUUUCCGGUUUCCGGGGGUCCUGGCAGUGCGGAUUAAAGCGAGGACAGCUAGCUGUGCAGUUAAUUUAAUAGAUUAUCACUUAUUAUURUUAUAAUCUGGUUUCAACAUGUCUGGCAGGGACGGAGGCAAAAAGAAACCUCUCAAGGCACCCAAGAAACAGAGCAAAGAAAUGGAUGAAGACGACGUGGCCUACAAACAGAAACAGAAGGAUGAACAGAAAGCCAUGGAGGCGAUGAAGGCCAAAGCUUCAGGCAAAGGACCUCUAGCGAGUGGCGGGAUCAAGAAGUCGGGAAAGAAGUAAACUCCUCAAGAUAUUUGUUURAUCCAUGUUUGACUUCCUGUUUGUGUAAAUAACUCCAGUUCUGCUGUUAACCAUGAACCCCCCCCCCCCCUUUAGUGCUGAACUCACCCUCGCUCUCAAACAGGAAAUGACAUCACCAUUUUGAGAGAUAGAAAGACAGAAACAGGUGUUAACAGAAAGACUAAUAAAAACUCWUGUUUCAAAUUUAAUGAUAGUUCAGAUGUGAUGAAAAUCUGUAAACCUGGACUGGAAAUAAAAUAAUAAAAGCCUGAUUCUAUCAGAACAAACAUCCCUGUUAACUUUGGCCUGACUUGUUGUGUUGUAAAGUGGGAGAUGUCAAUAAAGUUUUUGUAAUUAA